AUGUCGGAGACUGGGUCACGCUCUCCGGUCCCUCCCCCGCCGCCACCUCCGACCCAGAAGUACUCGCAUCGGGCUGCCAACGCGCUCGCCCGUUUCGCGCCCUUCUUCGGGUCGAGACCUCCCAGCCCGCAGAGUAGCCGCGUUGAUGGCCCCCGGUCCAUCAGAUCAAAAUCGCUACCCGGUGAGCCACAGACCGUCACUCACCGUACGGGCAUCCCCAUUCUCGCCCUAGAUAUCUCACCGGAGCGCACCCACGCCGUGAUUGGAGGCAAGGAUAUCCUCAAAACAAUCCGGGUCUCGCCUGAUCACUCCUCGGAAGAAUUUAAUAUUCGCAAUGCAGUUAUCAGUUAUGCAUCCACCCACCAUGAUGCGGGCGUGUCGAUGCCACACAAGGACCAGUUGAAUGUCAGAGACGUCAAGUGGUCACAUGGCAAUUAUGACCGGAUAAUCGCAACUGCGGUCGCCAAUGGUCGCAUUGUCGUCUACGACUUGCAGCGGCCCGGCCUCCAACUAUGUCGCUUCCAGGGCCACAACCGUCAGGUUCACAGACUCGCCUUCAACCCUCACCUCGCAUCUUGGUUACUAUCCGGUAGUCAAGAUGGCACCAUCCGAAUGUGGGAUCUGCGAUCAGCCUCCGCGAAUCGGGGCCUUUCGACCUGCGGCAGCAAGCAUGUUUACCAUGGUAAUAGUGAUGCCAUCCGAGACGUCCGGUGGUCUCCCACCGACGGUGUCGUGUUUGCGACUGCCUCAGACAGCGGUGCCAUUCAGAUGUGGGAUGCGCGCAAGACCAACGCUCCAUUGAUGAGGAUUGCGGCUCACGACCGUCCCUGUUUCGCGGUCGACUGGCACCCGGACGGGAAACACAUCGUCAGCGGUGGCACUGACCGGCAGGUCAAGGUCUGGGAUUUUUCUUCGUCUGCGGAACGACGGCAGAAACCCGCGUUUCAAUUUCGAACUCCCCAGGCUGUAACCAAUGUGCGGUGGCGGCCACCAUCCUGGGUAGGUGACUCGCCCUCUUCGGGAGAAUGGCAGUCAUCUCAGGUAGUGACUUCCUACGACAAAGAUGAUCCGCGGAUUCAUUUAUGGGACCUCCACCGCCCACACGUGCCUUUCCGUGAGUUUGAUCGUUACGAUUCCCCAGCCGCCGAUCUGCUGUGGCACUCCAAGGACUUGCUGUGGACAGUCGGUGAGGUAGGGGCCUUUACCCAGACGGAUCUCCGCUAUGCCACCACGGUAGUUAAGCGCCGGCCUAUGUGUUCGGUCGCUUGGAGUCCAAAUGGCGAGUUUGUGGCGUUCGCCCAGCCGCGACCGAGGCGGCGCCCACUAGGUGUCAGCACCACCGAAUUCCUUCACCUUGAUGAGGAUCAGGCCAGCACCGGUGAAAGAUCCUUUAGUCACAGUCCGGCGGACGACACCCUUGAUGAUGUCGCCCUGGCUUCGUCGCUUCGGCAUCCCCAGACCAAGCUCACUACGCUCAGGGGAUCAAAAUCCCUGGGUAACACCCCUCCAGGUGGAAUAGAUAUCAUUCCAGUCCUUCCCCUGGAACAAGCUUUGGCCAAAAGCUCAAACCCGGUGCCUAGUCAAUUGGGAGCUAUUGGGACAAUUCCUGGUGCCACAAAUGAUGCAUCUCUCUUCCGAUUCUUGGCAGGGCACUAUUCACCGUUGAUGGUCGAACGCCCGGGCAGACGAAGUCAUGUCGAUGUUUUGAACUCGUUGAUUGAAUCCCUAGAUCAUAAUGCUGAGCGGGCAGACGAAGUCUCACUGACCAAGCUGGCUCAGACCUGGCGCAUCGUCAAAUUUGCGAUCCUCCAAGAGCUUCAACGCAGGUCGAGGGAGCAGUCUACAAGCAGGGGUAGUUUGAAGGGCAAGUCGUCCAAAGAUGGGCUACUCAACGAUAAGUCUAGGACAGACGAAAGCCGCCAGGGAAAGGUCAAAAGUCGACUGUUCAAGGGAGUCAUGGAGACAGAAGGUCCAAGAAGUCGAAUUCCUGAAGAAAGCACGUCGAAUAUGACUACUCCGCUUGCACAGCCAUUGCCUGAUUCGCCUGAUGAUUCAUGGACUAGUUCUGACUCUCAAAUUCCUUCACUACUUGAAAAUGCCGUCGAUCUUGACCCUCUUCCCCCAUCAGUCUUGAGCUCCCACAAUGGCUGGGGCAUGUCAGGCCCUGAUGCUAGUCGCGUCUCAUCAGCGCCACAAGAGCAAUUUAGGUCCAGUCACGAUAUACAACCCCUAGUGGAGCCCGUGCCCGGCCUUCUACGAGAACCGUUUGAGUCGGAUCCGGACAGCGAUCAGCGAUCAGCGCCUCGCGCGAUUGCUGGCAGGGCAGACUGGCGCCUUCGUGGCCGUUCAGACCUUCCUCGCGAAGGCUCUGAGGAUGACUACGACCAAAAAUUGGAAGACAAGCGAGCGGCGAUUCGGGACUUCAAACAAUAUCCCAAGAAACCCUUGACCCUUGAAUCAACAAUGGAUUCCAACCGUCCUCCCACGCUAGAGCGCUAUGGCCGACACGAUUCUUCAGAGAGCUUCCCAAUGUUCUCUGCAUCUACGGAUAGCUCGCAUCCAUCCAAAUCCAUAGGUGCCUCCUAUUCCUCGAAUGGAAGACUUCCCGAGCGCCGACUCUCGGAUGUCAGUCAGGCAGGUGGUCGACCUAACGGCGUGGCCCAGAGGGAAUCGAGCCUGGAGCCUGCCGUAGAAGAGCCUGAAGAUGACAUGGAUAUUGAUGAGUCUAUCCUUGAAAACGAGCGGAAGCAUCUUGAACGACCAUCGAGUCCCCCGGAAUUGUUGACAGAGUCGACUCCGCUUGAGCAGCCGGACUUAGAAGAUACCUUCCCGUCUGAGAAUACGCCUCCCGCGACCACCGCUGCUUAUCCGGCGAUGGCAGGAAUUUACGAAGAUCUCUCCCGAGUCAAGAUUCCUCUUGCUCCCAAUUCAUCGGAUCUGAAGCCAUGGAGUAUCGAGGCGAUCUUGAAAGAGGCAGUGCGCUAUUAUCAUAGCAGCAGCAGCUCUGUCGAUAUUCAGACAGCGGCGCAUUUACUGCAGAAGCUUCACGUCCUCUUCCAGGAUUGUGAGCAAAUUCUUCCUUACGAAGAGUGUGAAAUGAUUUUCAAGUCCUACAACGAAUGCCUUAUCCGGCAUUCAAUGGACCUAGAAGCUGCAGAGCUUCGCCUAUCUUGCGUGUCAACCUACCCAUGUGUCUACGACUAUGCGCAGGCAGACACCUUCAUUAAUGUCUUCUGCUAUACCUGCCAGAGACCAUACGAGAACCCGAUACGUGACAAUACUCGCUGCCACCGCUGCGACACUCCACAAGCACCAUGCUCCAUCUGCAUGAGCAUUGACCCUCCAGCGGAAUGGGUCGCAGCCCAGAUACAGCGGCAGUCUGAAUCAAUUGGCAGCUCAAGCCCCGACCCAGAGGCUGAGACUAUUUCCCACCUCUCCUCCCAGUCCUCAGUUCCUACUGAACCUAUCCCCUCUUUCGAGCUAGACGGCCUUGAGCCAUUCACUGCACCCCGUCCCAAAGGCUCUGCCCUCUGGACCUGGUGCCAGGGAUGUGGCCAUGGCGGCCACAUGGCCUGCAUCACCACCUGGCUAGGCGAUCCCUCGAUAAGUGAAGGAGGCUGCGCCACACCAGGCUGCUCACAUGACUGCGGUCCUGGUCCGCGGCGCGAACUCAAUCGCCAGACCCUUCUCACCGAAUCUAAACGCCGCACGUCCGGCGCUGGCCUCGUGAAGCGCGACCCGUGGACCAAGGGCGAGAGCAAGGCCGUGGAGAAGGUUCGCGGAAUGCUCGGAGCUGCUGGUGUUGCUGCCGCGACUGGUGGUAGCGGCGCCGGGUCCAAUGCUUCUACAGUCAGCUCUGCAGGUGGUCAGGGCCAGAUUUCUCCCGGGGCAGUCUCGCCUAAGAAGGUCAGGCUGGUUACACCGGGUGAGCAGGGGAAAAGCAGGGGCCCUACUAGCCGUUCGAACAUUGCACCGCAGGAGUAG